CCGAAAUCACUAGCCUGUUGUUGGUAUGCAGUUCUGGACAACGGAUUAAGUUUCGCAUAAACUGUGUGCGUGAUUUUGCUAAACUCGUUAUGGACUAGAGUUCCUCGAAACCCUGAACUGAAUAUGGUACACUUUGUUCCGCAGUAACUCGCGUUAGCUCUAACCUGAAAUACAUAUCUCGCAGCGCUAACAGAAUGCUGUUCGUCACCAUGAAACAGGACAAGCCAUCAGACAGAGCGAAACUACAUUCAUCUUUGGCUUUCCUUAUAACUCUACAUGCCACUGAACCUUCAGUCGCGCUUUCUCUUCACUCCUGCCCGGCCAAGGAUCACUGCGUUUCGAAAGAAGGGAGAGGCAGCUGCUCCAGAUAUUUGGCUUCCGUGUUAGACUUGGACGAGUCUAGGUGUGCAAAAGCUUGGCUUGAUCCGACGCUCUACCAUUUCUGCCCCUCCAACCGCUUGCAUCAAGUUCACAUCCAGUUACUUUUUGCUCGGAAGAAUGUGUGGAUUCCUGCAUCACAACGCCAAUGGGGAAGAAGCAGUCAUAGAUCAAAGACGCAGGUCGUCCUAUCCGGCUAUGAAGCAUGGAUACCCUAAGCGCAGCCAAUCUCCGGUGGCUGCAGAUAUCACGGCUGUUACAUUACCCCGCUGUUUAUCUUGACAAAGACAUCGCAUCGCCCUC